GCGCAAACGUCAUCCGCCAAGCCCAACACCCUCCCCUGAACCAACAUGGGCCUAGACAGGCAAGCACAUUCGACUCUUUUUUGUUGCUACUGCUCUAUCAAACUCCAAGUUUCAAUCGCAACACGGAAUUCGCAGAAAUGGACUACUUUGAAGCACUGAAGGCGUCGGAGCGGGUCAGCGACCCGCAGUUCCACGCGCACUCGCCUGUGCCGCCGCCGCGGGGCAACAACGUCGGCGAGAUAAUAAAGUACAUCAAGGCGACGUGCGACGACCUGUACUUUAGCAGCGAGAGCGACGAGCCGGUGGAGCUAUUCCAGCUGUCGGCCACGGGUCUGCAAAGCAUGGAGGCCGACUUGGACAAGCUGAUGCUGCCGAGCGCGCACGACUUUGCAGUGUUUGUAGCUGGCGAGCGCAGCCUGGAGGAGGAGGGGUUUGUGUGUGAGCGGCAUCCAAUUCGACAUGUUCUUUGGCCAGCUGCGGAAGCACCAGGUCAACGAGCGGCAGAAGCGGCUGGCGGCGUCGUUGGAGGAGACGUUCAAGAAGGAGACGAGUGGGCCGGGGUGCGCAGGGGGCGUAUUACCGUGUGGGCAUUCCGCCAAACAUCGAGGUGUACGUGGUGAUGCUGAUCGACGGACAGGUGGUCGGGCUCAAGACUCUGUCGAUUGAGACGUAGGGGUCGGGUCGCUAACAU